AUGUCCUUUGUGGACGUUUUGGCAGCGAAACCGAAAGAGCCGGAGCUCUACCGAGUGCUCGGAUGUGACGAAAAAUCGUCGGUAGAUUUUUGAAUUAAUUUCCUAAAGAGUAAAGAGUGAAUUUGUUCAGACGGACCAAAUAAUAGCGGAAUAUCGAGCACGUGUCCGGGAAGCGCAUCCGGACAAAACGACGGCCGAACGGAGCCGAGAGGCCACCGAAAAGUUCCAUGAACUGCAGGUUUUCAGUGAAAAAAACAUGUUAUACUGUAAAUAUCUUUUGAAAAAGAAACCCAAAAAGUGCAAUUACACCCCCAAAACGUUCAGAACGCCUACACAAUUUUGACGGACAAAUCCCGUCGUCGGGCCUACGAUUCGUGGCUCCAUUCGCCAUUUCCGGUGACUUUUGACGAAUUUUCGAAAAGUCUGGACACGUUUCAAAUGGUAAUUGUCCGAACUGGCACGUGUGCACCGCUUUUUUUCUGAUUUUUCCAUGUUUUAGACUCAUUUUAGCCUGAAUGUCGUUUAAUGUGGUGUCGGGUACGCAGUCGGUGUUUGCACACUUGGCAUUUUACCCGACGACAAUUUCGUAGUUUUGGUGGUUUGUCACCCGAAAAAUUGGCAAUUUCCUUGGUUUUUGUGAUGUUUUCCUUGGUUUUUGCACCCAAAAAAAUUAUAAAAUGCAUAAAUUGCAGUCAACCCACUGGGCGGUCCCAAAAAGCCAGCCCUCGAUUGCAAUGCCACAUGAAAAUAUGAAAAUCUCUGAGAAUUCCCAAGAAAAAUUGGAAUCCCGAUGGGCAGAGGGCGAUCGAUAUCAAUCGUCGAUCGCUUCGGCUUUCAGAAAUUAUAAACUGUAA